GGAAGUGACACCCUGCAAGUAGUAGAGGGGCCUCUAAGAGCAGUGUGUGGUCACAAACAGUAGGGCUCUGUAGCGGAGGGUCCCCCUCACUCACCUGAGAAGGACGCUGAGCUUGUGAGGGGAAGGCAAGAGGGAGGGAGAGAGAAGGGAAGAAGGAAGGAAGAAAAGAAGGAAGGAAGGGGGGAGGAAAGGAAGGGAGGAAGGAAAAGAUAGAAAGAGAGCAAAAGAGGAAGGAAGGACAGAAGGAAGGAUAAAGAGAAAGAAAUAAAAAUCUAAAGAGUUGUGAGUUCUCUAUCCAAAAACAGGUUUAUAAGUAAAUGUUUACUUUUAACUAUUUAAAUCUAAUAAUUGAGCAAUUACUUUCUUUUCAUGCAGAUGUUAUUCAAAAUUUCUGGAGGGAAAGUAUGCUGCUUCCCGAGUGGAAGGUCAGAAGUGAGAGUUCAGAGUCUCGAGUCCUGGAAAGCUUUGAUAAGCAAAUACUGCUGAGCCCUCGCUCUCUCUCCAUUGGUUGCUUCUUCACCGCCAGAUUUUGACACAAAUAAUCAGAUUGAAAAUCAGGGAGGGGAACAGAAGAGGAAAAACACACGCAGAGAAAAAAAAAAAGGAGAAGUAUAUUUGUGUAGAGCGUCACGAAGUUGACAGAGUGGAGACUGUUCCCAGAGAGAGGUUCCCCAGAGAGAGGCGGUGAAGUUCCCACCACAGGACCCUCAGGGCGCAGGAAGCAAGAGCUGGAAGGCGGAACUGCUCCCAACAGGUGUGGGGUACACGCUGAGAAUGCCACGCUCCUUCCUGGUGAAGAGCAAGAAGGCUCACACCUACCACCAGCCCCGUGUCCAGGAGGAUGAGCUGGCCUGGCCUCCUGUCCUGACCCCUGUGGCCAGGGACCAGGCCCUGAGCAAUGGCCCUAUCCUCAGCACCUUGUUCACAAACCAGUGCCUGGAUUGGACCAGCCUCAAACGGGAGCCUGAGCCGGAGCUGGACCGGAGCUUGACCAGGAUGGCCUCAGCCCCAGAGGACCCUGUUGUGAUGUCCCGACCUCAGGACAGUGACUCGCCACCCUCCGACUCACCCCCGUUCUAUAAGCCCAGCUUCUCCUGGGAUGCCCUGACCUCAUCCUAUGGCCAUAGCUACCGGCAGGCCCCCUCCACCAUGCAGUCUGCCUUCCUGGAGCGCUCUGUCAGUCUGUACGGCAGCCCACUGGUGCCCAGCACCGAGCCCCCCUUGGACUUCAGCCUCCGCUACUCCCCAGGCAUGGAUGCAUACCAUUGCCUCAAGUGCAACAAGGUGUUCUCCACCCCCCACGGGCUCGAGGUGCAUGUCCGCCGCUCCCACAGCGGGACCCGGCCCUUCGCCUGUGACGUCUGUGGCAAAACCUUCGGCCACGCUGUGAGCCUGGAGCAGCACACACACAUCCACUCCCAGGAGCGCAGCUUCGAGUGCCAGAUGUGUGGCAAAGCCUUCAAGCGCUCAUCCACCCUGUCCACUCACCUGCUGAUCCACUCAGACACGCGGCCGUAUCCCUGCCAGUUCUGCGGCAAGCGCUUCCACCAGAAGUCGGACAUGAAGAAGCACACCUACAUCCACACUGGUGAGAAGCCACACAAGUGCCAGGUGUGUGGGAAGGCCUUCAGCCAGAGCUCCAACCUCAUCACCCAUAGCCGGAAGCAUACAGGCUUCAAGCCCUUCACCUGUGAGCUGUGUACCAAGGGUUUCCAGCGCAAGGUGGACCUGCGGCGGCACCGCGAGAGCCAGCACAACCUCAAGUGAGGGCGUGCCCACUGCCUACUCCUGGCCAGCCCGCCUUGAUGUCCUGUAACUCGGAGGCAGGCCAGGAGGGAGGCCAGCUGCACACACCUGGAUCCUCAGUCUCCUAGAAGCAGCACUGGACUGGAAGUCUUUGAGCUCGUUCUGAGACCCACGAAUUUGCUGUGUGACCUUGGGCAAGUCACUUUUCCUCUCUGGACCUGUCUCCUGCUGUAAAGUAUAGGAGUGGGCUGGGUCUUUUCUGAGCUGAAGUUUUCACAGAUAAAGAGCUCCAGUGCCUUCUCCAGGGUAGAGCCUUCCAGAGUACCCCACAGGGACAGGGGUGUCAAGGAUGGACUAAAGCUGAACCAACAGAGAAUCCUCUCCCUGCCUGCUGCCCCCCUGGCUGGGACCUGGUCACCCUGGUGUUUAGAGGGGCUCUUUCUGGAAACCAUGGAUGGUCAGAGCUGCCUCUUGCCCCAGUGGGAGGCCUAGCACCCCUCUGCUUCAGCCACACAUGCUGGCUGCCCCAGCUCUGACCAGCACUCAGCUGGCCACAGAGGUUCCAGUCCCGUUCUCAGGCAGUGGGGCCAGAGAAACCAGCAGUUCUUGCCAUCAGAAGCGUGUUCCUUUCAACUGCUGUAAAUAAAAAUAAAGACAGAUUCAUUUACAUUUUUUUAUGGUGGUAAGUACAGUAUAUAGGUAACAAAACAUUUGCCAUCUUUAUAAUUGUCACAUGUAUGGUUUAGAGACAUUAAUUACAUUCAUCAUAUUGCACAACCAUCGCUAUUGAAAUUCAUUUACAUUUGACAAAACCAAACCCAUUGUCAUCGAGUCAAUUCUGACUCACAGCGACCCUAUGGGACAGAGUAGAGCUGCCCCAUAGGGUUUCCAAGGAGUAGCUGGUGGAUUCAAAGGCCAGCAACCAAGCUCUUAAGGAGGGCUCCUUACAUUUGAUAAGCACUCAUUAAUCUCCUUCUAGCUGUAAGGCAGAAACCGUGGUGGAGUAGUGUUUAAGAGUUCGGCUGCUAACCAAAAAGUCGGCAAUGGGUUUGUAUUUUUUUUUUUUUUUUUGGUUAGGUGUAAGGCACUGAAUGAGGCUUUGGAAGUUUGGGGAGGUUCAUAAAAGCAGAGAAAGCUACAGAGGAACCCACAAACAAAUUGGGGAGACUACAAGCAGAGCAAACUGAUAAGUGCUGUAAUAGAAGCCUAAGAGACCCUGUGUGACAAGAUGACACAGAAGGGCAAGGUUAAUGCAAUCGGGGGUUAUAUCAGCUUCCUCUGGCUUCUGUAACAAACUGCCAAAAUUUAAUGGCUUAAAAACCAGGUCUUUGAACCGGUUCAUUCCACUUCAACCUCCUGCUGAGAAUUUGCAUUUCAAACCCAGAUAUACUGAAUCAGAAUCUAUAUUUUAACAAAUUCCCAGGUGAUUCUUAUGUAUAAUAAAAAAUAUACUUUUUAAUGGAUUUGAUUUUAUUUUUUUGGAGAUCAGUUAAGAUCUUAGGCAGAUAGCAGCAUUGUGUUUAACAGUAACCUAAAGCUGCGAGUUUUUUCCAGCUUUAUAGUUUGGCAUUCAUUAAAAAAAAAAAAAGAAGAAUUCUUCAGAAGUAAAUCACUUGGGCAGAGAUCUUUAGGGCAUAUCAAUGCUGAUGGCUUACAAGCAUAUUAAUUUUGCUAAUCUAGGUAUGCUCACGAAUUUAGAGCUUGAAAGCCAGAGACCAAAAUAACAUGCAAGCCAAAGCAAAGAAAUACUAGGAAAUUGUUGUUGUUGCUGUUAGUUGCCAUUGAGUCAAGUCAACUCAGCAGCAACUCCAUGUGUGCAAAGUAGAACUGUUACAUAGAGUUUUCAAGGUUGUGACCCUUUAGAAGCAGAUCACCAGGCCUGUCCUCUAAGGUGCUUCUCAGUGUCUUCAAACCACCAACCCUUUGGCCAGCAACUGAGCACUUAAUUGUGCUACCCAGGGACUACAAAAAAAUUACUAUGGUUGAAUUAUUAAUACCAUCUAAAGUCAGAACCUUUUCAUAGAAGCUUCAUAUAUACAUCCAAACUCCCUGAGGGACCACAUUACUGGGCUGAGGGCUGGGGACCAUGGUCUUGGGGACAUCUAGCUCAAUUGGUAUAACAUAGUUUAUAAGGAAAAUGUUCUACAUCUGACUCUGGUGAGUAGCAACUAGGGUCUUAAAAGCUUGUGAGCAGCCAUCUAAGAUACUCCACUGGUCCCACCCUGCCUGGAGCAAGGGAGAAGAAAACCAAAGACACAAGGGACUAAUGAACCACAACUACCACAGUCUCCACCAGACUGAGUCCAUCACAACUAGAUGGUGCCUGGCUGUUCUGACAGGGAUCACAAUAGAGGGUCUCGAACAGAGCUGGAGAAAAAUAUAGAACAAAAUUCUAACUCACAAAAAAAGACCAGAUUUACUGUCCUGACAGAGACUGGAGAAAUGCUGAGAUAUGGCCCUUGGACACCCUUUUAGCUCAGUACUGAAGUCACCUCUGAGGUUCACCCUUCAGCCAAAGAUUAGACAGGUCCAUAAAACAAAACGAGACUAAAUGGGCACAUCAGCCCAGAAGUAAGGACAAGAAGGCAGAAGGGGGCAGGAAAGCUGGUAAUAGGAAACCCAGGAUCGACAAGGGAAGAGUAUUGACAUGUCAUGGGAUUGGAAAACAAUGUCACAAAACAAUAUAUGUAUUGUUUAAUGAGAAACUAAUUUGCCCUGUAAAGCUUCAUCUAAAGUACAAUUUAAAAAAAAAGUAAAAUAAAAUCAGGACCUUUUAAGAUAAAAUGUUCACUGAAUAUAUUCUAAUUUGACUGACUCCAGAUAGCAUCACACUAAAGUAUGGUCUCUACUUCAU